AUGGACUUCCUCCAAUUGAAUUCUAUAUACAACAGUUCUAGUUCCCUUCUUGAUUUGAUAUUCGCUAAUAAAGAAAGUAUCGAUGUUGAUGUAGCUCCAGUCAGUCUUGUCCCUUGUGACAUAUAUCAUCCAGCUUUGUCAUUUAAUUAUCAAUUUCCUGUCCCUUUAUUUAUGCUAGAUGAUAGUCACUCGUAUCGUGAUUUUAACAAUGCUGACUUUGACUCUAUUGCUAAAGCCUUAGCUGACAAUGACUUAUCUACUACUUUUAACAUUCAGCCUGCUGACUUAUCUGCCACAAGGUUACAGGAUUCUAUUCUUGACGCCAUUCAACGAUUCGUUCCACUUAAACCAUUUCGUAGAUCAACCUUCCCAUCAUGGGUUUCCCCUGUUCUCAAAUCUCUUCUUUUUAAAAAAAAAUUCAAAAAACAGGCUCGUUUCAUGACUACAACUCGUUCUCUAAUCUACGUUCUCAAUGUAAAGCACUAUCUAAAUCAUGUUUAA